AUGAGGUCAGUCCGACGGGCUCAAGCCAACGGGAACGCCGGGUUCGCCGGGUUUGCCAGUCGUGGCCACAGGGAAAUUGAAAAAGGGUUCGCUAGUAUUCUUCUCUCUCUAUUCCCCUCAGCUUUCCACCCCCCUUCCGAGUUCUCGCAUUGCCGAUGUCUCGCCCUGUCCCAGGUUUCUGACUUAGUGCGUGGUUCUCUCCGGUCUCCAGAUGCCACUCCUCGCACUAAAAGUGGCCCAGUUGCCUGCAAGACGGGGUUGCCGCGAGUCGGUAGCGAAUCCGCCCGCGUCUCUGCCAUGACGCAUGAAACCACAUGGUGGGGUUUAAGCCGUCGUUCACCGGUGAGAGGGAAUUGGUUAGCAGCGAAGGAAAUGGAAGGGCGAGGAUGGCUGUUGCACACAAUGCAAUGCCACAAUGCCAUUCUCGUGCUUGGCCUCUGCGUCAGGAGAGGGAGACUACACGCGGUGGGUGAACUGGUGAUGCUGGCCUUCCCCAAUCUCCGGAUGCGGUCGUCUGGGGCAUUGGGGAACCUGGAGAUGCUGACAUGA